GAGGUUUAAUGGACACGUCCAACUCGGAGGAGACCUAAAGGAAGACCCAGGACACACUGGAGGGAUGUUUCUGGGCUAGCCAGGGAACGCCAUGGGAUUCCCUGGCAUCGGAGGAACUGGCCCAAGUGGCUGGGGAGAGGGAAGUCUGGGUCUCCAUGAUUUGGCUGCUGCCCCUGUGACACUCAUAUAUGUCGAUCUCUACACAGAAGAGUGUUCAGAUGGUUCCUAAAAGUCAUUGUGAGGGAUGUUUCAUCCACCUAUGAAGGGUAUUACAAACGUUCCCUAAACUACAGCAGCAGUUACAGCAGAGGAUCAGCACAAUAGCUGUAGUCAGUGGUGACCUUUCAGUAACCCCUAUGUAGGAGGGAGGGGGGUACAACAAAAAGAAGUGGGGACAAGGAGUGAGGGUUGGGGAGAGAAAAGAGAGAAAACAGACAUGAGAGGCAGAACAAGGGGUCCUGGAACACUGUGUGUGUAUCUCCCUCUCUCUCUGCUCGCUCUAGCUUUCAAAAGGGAAGGUGGUUGUGUUUGGUUGUGGAGGUGUACCUCCACCAUCCUGCCCGCCUGGACUGAGGACUACAUAGGGGCGAGGCUGCAUACCAGAGGCAGCUCAACGCUGCAGCCAGCUGAGCAGCUGACAGGACGGAGGCAUGAACGACGUCAAACUGGCUCUUCUGGGGAGCCCGGGGGCUGGGAAAUCAGCUGUCCUUGUGCGUUUUUUGACCAGACGAUUCAUCGGUGAAUACGCCUCAAAUGCCAACUCGCUGUACCAUAAAAGACUCUCCAUAGAUGGCAGGCAGCUGAAUCUGGAGGUGUUUGACCCCUGCUCUCAGAGCUCUGAGACCAGGUGUAUACUGGAGGAGCCGGUGGACUGGGCGGAUGGAUUUGUUGUGGUUUACAACAUCAACGACCGCACGUCUUUCAUCAACGCCAAAAACAUCCUGCUGCAAAUCCGGGAGGCUCGCAUGGACAAUUGUAAAGGGGACAUGGAGGUCCCUGUGUGUCUGGUGGGCAACAAGCAGGACCUGUGUUACGCCCGAGGGGUGAGAGAGGAGGAGGGCCGCUGCCUGGCACAGGAGAACCGCUGCAGCUUCCAGGAGGUUUCUGCAGCUGAAGGCUAUCAGGACAUCGCCAACCUUUUCACUCAGCUCAUCCGCCAGGUGAUGGAGCACCUGAAGUACCGGGCUGACCGGCGACGCUACAGCGGCUCCAAGUCCAUGGCUAAACUCAUCAAUAAUGUGUUUGGAAAGCGACGGAAAUCAGUGUGAUGACCCCAGUGAGGUCAACUGUUUAAAAGUCAGCUGGGACUGGUUUUUGUUUCUGUUCAGAUCCUUAGAGAAGGUAAGCAGCCUGCUGGAGGCUCGGUGUCUGACAAUCACUCCGGGUUGAUGACGUGAGCAGAUAGGUGAGAAGGUCUGCAGCCUUCAAAACUUUGUUAUCUUAAAGCUGAGUUUAAACAGCUCAUUUACACAUACACAAGUCAUGUCAUUUAAAUGUAUUGCAUGUAAAAAUAUAUUAGCAUCAUUUUUGGUGGUUUGAAAAAACUUAAUUUAGCCCUUGUGCUAGCAUGGGUUUUCAUCUGCAAUCGGUAACUUUCCUCAGACUGAAGCACAUUUUUUGGCCUUUUUCAGACCUUUGUAGAACACAUGAACAACAAAACAAAACAACAUGAAAACAGCUUUAUACAGAAAAAAACAAAACCUAGCAAGCCAAUUAAGUGUAAGGGCCUUAAAAGUGCAUGAAGUAUUAAUGACGUCCCAUGGUCAAAUCUGCAAUCCAUGUAUAAAAGAGCAGCUGUUUCCAGGAAGGAGACAUUGGCCGUGUUUGAGUUGAGCUGCGCCUCGCCUGGAAAACAGAUGAGAGCAGACGGACGCAGCAGGGGGAGUGGCUGAAAGCCGGCGUUUAAGUCGGACAGAUUUCCUUGCAUGUGUAGCUCGCAGGCAGAGGUGGAAAGUAACAAAUUACAUUUACUCACGUUACUGUAAUUGAGUAGCUUUUUUGUAUAUUUAUACUUUUUAAGUCGUUUUUAAAAGCUGUACUUUUACUUUUACUUGAGUAAGUUUUUAAAAAAGAAUUGUAAUUCGCUACAUUUUAAAUCAUAUCCGUUACUGAGUAAAAAUAAAUUAUAGGCUUAAUAAAUUGAAAAUAUUACGUGUAGCGUCGGAACGGAAAGAGACACCUGCAUGAGCGCCACGUUUAAACUGUGGGGGGUGUGUGGGUGUACACUUUUGCUCAAAGACAUCGGUUCAGUUCCUCAACUCGCUGUUUACAUUCUCUCUCUCUCUCCUCUCCUGUGUGUUGGAUCCCGCACCUUCGCGCACCGGUGUGACGUCAUCAGAAUUCUGCUCAGUUCGGUAGCCGGUGUUCCGUGUUUGAAUUGUGUUUCUCUACCGCUCCGCACGGAAGCGGCAAAAUAACGUUUAGCGCUCCUAACAUGCGGAUUAUUAGCACUUUGCUCAUAAAACAGAAGACCUGCAGGUCUCUGUGAGUUAAAGCAUCCUGAUACUGUUCAGGUGUAAACAUUGUGCUCCAUCCCUGUUGUUGAGGGUCUGACCUCAUGAGGAAAUUACUAUGCAGUGAUUUUCCCCAAAAUGACUGUGCUUAAAUUGCUCUGAAAAGCAAAUAAUCACAUCAGCGCCAAGAAACUUCAUUUCCCAUGAUGCUUUGCACACGGAAGCAUUGUGAUGACGUCACCGCCUAGUACCAGAAACACGUUCUGCGCAUGUGCGGGAAGCCGUGGAGCUUUUCCCGCGAACUAAGACCAUAAAUCUUCAGCAGAGACAAAGAAACCUCGUUCUUUUGCCCAGGAUACCUGGCGGUGAGGACACGCUUGUCGAACGCUCCGACUUCUUUGAGCACGCGGAAGCUCUAAGAGCCAAGUUGAGCCCACGGGACCGCUGAUCUGCUCGUUUCUGCUCCCCUCCAGCUGAUGUUUGAGGACACAGAACCCGCGGAGGGAAACAACAACUCCAUCCAGCUCUCAGAAACGCUGUAAGUUGUCAAACUCAGCCCAAAAGGAACUUCGUUUUCUUUGUGUCCAGCCGUGGAGAAACACUCGUGGAGCCAAACAACGGAGAAAGCAUCAAACCAACGGACGACGCCAAACUGCGGAGAAACACGGAGAACCGUCAAAUCAAAACAGUGAGGGACGCUUCACUGUUCUGGUGAUCAGAAACUCAUCUCUUUCUCUCAUUCUUUCCUUCUCCCGUUUCCUCUAUAGUCUCAAAUAAGCAAUAAACCGCGUCUAUUGCUUAAAAAGUAGCUUCGUGUUUUCCUCUUUCGUCCCAAACACGUCCGUCGGGUCAUUUUGAAGAAUAAACUGCUUAUUGAUCAUUGUUUGGUAUCUUAAAAUGGUUUCUGUCAUGGCCAGGCUGAAACUAAAAGAUAUUAAUUUGUGAUUAAUCUUUUGUGUUGUUUCAUGAUCUUUUGAAAUGUUUUGAGUGAUUUAAGGUUAAGUUACUACUGAUUCUAAGUGCUUUGGAAGUUAAAGUGCAAGUUGCCACCCACACUUUAGCCAGACAAAGGGGUCAGCCAUCUUGUAUUCAAGACUCCAUUUUGAAUCCAUACACACGCACACACACACACACACACACACACACAUACACACUACUCCUUUGUGAGAACAAAGGACCCCAUUCAUACAUCCUCCAUCACAUGCAAACACAUCCAUCUUCAAUCAUAUCACACGGUUAUUAUUCAUCUAUUCCACUGUUUAUUCAUUUGACAAAUUGUUAAUUAAAUGUUAUAAAAUUCA